GCGGGAGCCGGCACUUUAGAGGAUCUUGGCUGCGGUGGGGUCCGAUCUGCAUCUCUGAGCCUUGUGGAGCGACCCCACCCCGCCCCCCGUCCCUGCCAGACCCGCGCUCAGCCGCGCCCUACCGAAGCUCAGACUGCGUCCCCCGAGAGGGCAGCAGAGAUCGCGGCAGCGGAGAUCGUGGCGGCGCCUGGAGAGAUGCCGGGAAAGGUGUGUAAGAGCACGCCGCCGCCGAACUCCACGCGGGCACCGGCAGAGCUGGCAGCUGAGUGUGCUGCUCAGCAUAGGAGAAUCGGAGACAAACUGAAUGCCCUGGGUUGUGCCACGGAGAUCCUGGAGACGCUUGCAGAGAUGCCUGGGAAGAAAGCUCGGAAGAGCGCGCAGCUGACUCUGACCGGGGCACCCGCAGAGCUGGAAGUCGAGUGUGCCGCUCAGUUCAGAAGAAUUGGAGAUAAACUGAAUUUCCGGCAGAAACUUAUGAAUUUGAUUUCCAAACUCUUCAGUUUAGUAACCUGACUGCUUCCAAAACUUUUGCAUGAAGGAACUUCUUUCAAAAGAAAGUAUCCCUAGUUGGUACCAAUCCUACUGAUUAGAGGAAAGAUUACAUUAUAAUUGAGAGAAAUGUGAAGGAAUAUUCAUUCUCUUGCUUCAGGCUGCCUUUGGAAAGGGAAGAUGGAAUAAGUAGAGCUUUGAACGAAGGGGAACAGAGGGAAGUAACUAAUUCUGCCCUGUACUAGGGAUUGAACAUAGUACCUUUGCACUGAUCUACAUCCCUAGACCCUUUUUGUUUUUUAUUUUGAGAAAA